AACAAAAGCGAUUGAGGAUAACCGUUAAUGGAACCGCUUGUCAAAUUUACGAAUUCACAUUUUAUGUACGUAAACGGAAUAAAGAAAUGCAAUAUUUAAAAAUAUAUAUGUAAAUAUAACUGGUGGACGGGAAAUGGAUAGUAAUAAAUCAGUAGAUGCAUUCGAUUGCGGUUAUUCUAACUUUUGUUGUUAUUCACCGGUUAUUCCUAUUACUAAUUAUGAAGUUGGUGUUACUUGGCCAGCAAUGGGACCAACAACAUUCGACGUACCCAUGUUCCCACAAUACACAAAUCCAAUCGAAUUGUUUACUAACCAGCGGGCUGAAGUAUCACACUGGUUAUGUGAUUACUCGGACGAUAUAUUCCAAACAUUGCGUGAGACGGAGUUACGACGUAUUGUUUUGGUGUAUCAAUCGAAGCAAUGCACUUACAGAGACUCAAUGUUGCGGUUGUUAAAAGUGGCUGCGGAAGUGCACACACUUUCUAGAACAACUUUACAUUUAGCACUUUACUUGCUUGAUGGUUUCAUGGACAACUAUACUAUUCGAAGUGAAAAAUUAAAUCUAACAGCAUUAACGUGUUUAAUUAUUGCUGCUAAAAUUGAGGAAGCUGAUAUAAAUGCGCCUAAAUUUGUCGAUUUGAAUAAGCUUGUUGGAGAUGUUUAUACUUUGGAGGAGUUCCGUAAAGCCGAAAUGAAAGUUUUAAUGUUAUUUCACUUUGAUUUAAUCCGUCCCACUGUAGCAACAUUCGCAGAAUACUUUGCUAGUCACAUAAUAACACUCGACGAUUAUCACAUUUACUUACAAAACUGGCACAGCGGUUUAUUUAAAUAUAAUUCGUUACUAAACCCGCAUAUAUUGAGUGGUGCAACUACAGAUUUCGUGCCACCACUUUACCGUACUUAUAAAGAAAUGGCUACUGCCUUAAGCAAGUUAAUGUUUAAUCUUGUAGAUGAGUCAUUAAGUUAUAUGAAGUUUAUGAAUGCACGUCCUUCGAUAGUAGCUGCAUCCUGCAUUGCUGCCGUGCGGCAUAUCUCAUUUAUUCGGCCUACAUGGACACCAUACCUUGUAAAAAUAACCGAAUGUCCAGUAGAAGUAAUUACACCUUGUAUGAAUGCUAUAAUCGCAUUAUACAAUUUACAUAUAAGUAAAGUGCAAGCAAUGUUUUACGCUGCAGCUAAACUAUCAACCAACGGAGGAACUGUUUGCGAUAGUCCAGAGUCUGGUUUUGUAUCCGUGUGUGAUACGAAAUCAGAAUCAUCGGAAAAUGAAAGUAAUAUUGAUGUUGAAGAAAGUGGAAAUAGUUCACCACUGCUAGGUAAGAGGGUACAUUCGACAAAGGUAAACGAGAAUAUUGCGGAAGAGCAAAACGUGUGCACAAGUUCCGAAUAUUCUAUAAUAUCUAAGCGGAGAAAAAAAGUGUGAAUCAGUGUUGGUGAUAAAUAAUGAUAUACUAUUAUUCUACAAUAGUAUUUACUAAGAUAUCUAAUCAAUUUCGAUUACAUCUUCCAUAUAUUGAAUAUACUUGUUUUGUUUAAUAAAUUUAGAUAUUUUUGGCAGUACUGCAAGAUGCAGUAUAGGCCAAUAGUUUGUAAACCAAAUAAAUUUCAAUUUACCAAACAAGAGUGGAAAACGAGGUAUGUGCAUAGAAUAAUAGAUUCCAUUCUAUUCUAUAUACAUACUUGAAAUUAGAUUAUCAUACUUCCGCCUCAUUGUAAACCAAAGUUAAUUAUUUUUAGAGUUAUCCAUUGGUGAAAAUGCAAAUGAUUUGCAAAUGGAAAGUGGUGAGCACUUAUGUCGAACUUAAGGCCAAUUAAUGUUUCUUCAUUUAUGUAAAUACCAUUACUUUUUAUCCGAAAAAUUAGCAUAACUGUUAUAACCUUAAAAAUAUCGAUGGUUUUUAAGUACUUUAUAAUACACUUUCUUCAAGCAUAUUCAUAUAAAUAAACAUGUCUAAAUUUUUGGAGAAUAUGUAAUAUUUUUUCACAAUAAAGCCUUGAAUGGACCACAAUUUC